AUGUUCCAGGUCUUUUUUGCCAAAACGUUUCUCUUCUCCACCGCUCUCCGUCGCCCGUCAGGCCUUCUCAAACCAGCUCUCGCAACGCCGAAAAGGACUUCUUUGUCCUCAAUCAAAAACAACCUGCAUCAAAUCAUAAAAACGAGGCAAGACCUAGUAGCUCCCCUCUCUGAAGACAGCUCCCCUCAGGAAGUGAUAUUUGCAAUCAAACGUUCCGCCCCUCAAGCUAGCGUUAACCUUUUUCGCCAAUUCGCCGAAGUUCUGGAAAAGGACUGGACCAGUGAAUCUGCUUUGUAUCUAAUCCGACUACUCCACAAGCGACAAAUCAACGUUGAUACUUAUUUCGAGUUCAAAAAUAAAGUACCAGUGUCGUUCAGCAAAACAACAUGGAGAGACCUGCAAUCAGUUUUGGGUCUCCCAUCAUGGUUCUCAAUCCCCACCAAAGCCCCUCAAAGGCUCUACAUUUCGGACGAUGCGUGCUACAAAAUCUUUGAAGAAAUUGACGAAGUCGAGUUGACAGUUGCACCCCUACAAGACUGCGACAAUGAAGCAAAAGUAGUCUUGUGGGUUACAUCUGUAAUAAAAACCAUCUUACUCCUAUUCCGAGGAAAGAUAAACAAUGACGCCCAAGGUAAUUUGCCGGAAGCCGCGUCGUCGCUAGGAGGACGGGUGGAGUUCCUUUACACCGUUCUUGAUCAAUGUAUCGUCAUGGUAACUGAAGCAAAAAGAGACGUGAUAACGCGAGAUGAUUCAGCACAACUGAUGGUGGAGCUCGAAUCUGCUCAUUUGAGCAACUUAUCUAAGGGAUUACAGCCUGGAGUCACCCGGGGUAUUAUGUGUUCUCGCGACGCAUGGGAGUUCUGGACGUAUGACGCAAAUGCAAAUUACAGCAGAAGUGAUACACUACCAACUACCAAGCCGGAUGUCAAUGUCUCGCUCAAGAAUCUUAGACACAUUUUCGAAGCCACCUAUCACGUUUUUUUUGAAGGAUACAUGGAGGCUCUUGAAGCCUUUACCAAGCGUAGUGAGGCCGAGCAGGAGGAUGGCAAAGGCUUGCCCAAAUGGAAGGCCGCGUUGGCACUAGCAAAGAGUGCAUUCGGCAAGGCAAAAAAAGCAGCAGAUGCAAAUUCCUUUGAUGAUGCUGUCAGGGAGUUGCAUGAAAGCUUGAAGGAAUUGCCGGAAGAGCAUAAUCGAAUCUUGCCUGGGUACUCCAAGGCGUUCAAAAAGUGUACGGGUAAAUGA